AUGGCGACGACGCUGACAGCGGUCCAGCCGCUCACUCUGGACCGAGAUAUUGCCAGAGCAAUUGAAUUACUAGAGAAACUUCAAGAUUCGGGAGAAUUACCAGGACACAAGUUACAGUCGCUUAAAAAAGUACUGCAGAGUGAGUUUUGUACAGCUAUCAAAGAGGUAUAUCAAUACAUGCACGAAACCAUAAAUGUUAGUGGCUGCCCCGAAUUCCGUGCCAGGGCUACUGCCAAGGCAACAGUCGCUGCAUUUGCAGCUAGUGAAGGGCAUUCCCAUCCUCGAGUGGUUGAACUGCCAAAGACGGAUGAAGGCCUUGGCUUUAAUGUAAUGGGAGGGAAAGAACAAAAUUCUCCUAUUUAUAUUUCUCGCAUAAUUCCUGGAGGAGUAGCUGAGAAGCAUGGAGGACUCAAACGGGGAGACCAGCUGCUUUCUGUUAAUGGAGUGAGUGUGGAAGGAGAACAUCAUGAGAAAGCAGUGGAACUUCUGAAGGCUGCUAAGGACAGUGUGAAGUUGGUGGUGCGUUACACUCCCAAAGUUUUAGAUGAGAUGGAAGCUCGCUUUGAAAAACUGAGGACAGCACGGCGCAGACAACAGCAACAGUUGUUAAUUCAGCAGCAACAGCAGCAGCAAAAUGCACAGCAGAAUCAUAUGUCAUAG